ACAAGACGUUAACGUGCGCGAGAGGAGGGUCGCAAGCAGAGACGCUCGCUUUUUCACAUACUCGUUCUAUGGAAAUUACAGAAGACAUUCCCGAAUUCUCUUUCUACAAGACUGUCUACUAAUCUUACCAGCGAUAGCUAGAACAACUAAAACGGGGACGGCAACAGUGGAAAUAUAAUCUGAAAACUCCAUUUGCUUGACUCAGCCUUAGCAGUAUAUACAGUACAGAACAGUGAGAAGUGUUCAUGCACGCGCUCCGUCAGUAAUUUUUUUGGACUGCGCGUUAUUUUGUAUUGUCUAUAGAGAAAACAGACUGCUAUACAUUUCUCACCAACCAUUCAACAAUUACAUUUAAGAUAGACAAAAGAGACACAAUGGUGAACCCUGGAGGAAGUGCCCAGCCCCCACCUGUUGGAGCGGGGUCUCUUUCGUGGAAGCGCUGUGCGGGCUGUGGGGGAAAGAUUGCUGAUCGUUUUCUCCUGUAUGCCAUGGACAGCUACUGGCACAGCCGCUGUCUGAAAUGUUCUUGCUGCCAGGCCCAGCUCGGAGAGAUAGGCACAUCCUGCUACACUAAGAGUGGCAUGAUCCUCUGCAGAAAUGACUACAUCAGGUUAUUUGGGAACAGUGGGGCAUGCAGUGCGUGUGGUCAGUCUAUCCCAGCAAGUGAACUGGUUAUGAGGGCGCAAGGCAACGUGUACCAUCUCAAGUGUUUCACAUGUUCUACCUGCCGGAAUCGGCUGGUCCCUGGAGACAGGUUUCACUACAUCAACGGCAGCUUGUUCUGCGAACACGACAGACCCACAGCACUCAUCAAUGGCCAUUUGAGUUCACUGCAGACUAACUCUCUACUGCCUGACCAGAAAGUGUGUUAGGACGUAGGUGUUGCUCAAAGCAGGAUGUGUGCCUUCAUUUCAGCCCUCGCUCAUUGCCAAUGAAGACCCGUAGGAUCGGACCCCGACCCACUCCUUUCCCUAAAGCUCCGCUUUUCCAAACCAGAGCGCCAAUCUCAGGCUUGAGCUCCACCUUGACAAACCCUGCAAUAGCACCCUUUUUACAGCCCUUUUCUCCCAAAUCAUGGACAGAAAAUGACCAUGAAGCCCUAGAGGGGAAAUACUAAGGACUCCAUGAACUGACCCAGACAAGAUCUCUGAUCCUGAGUGACUCAAAGACUGACACAGAAAGAAAAGAGAUUGAGAGGGACCAGGCAGAGGAUGUUUUGGGGUUAAAAGAGACUGAUAGUGAAAGGGUGAAAAUAAUGAGAAAUGCAGCGUUUUUUUAAAUCUGCGUAACACUUGUUUGAAAAUUAGUGGGGGAUACUGACUUUCUUUCUUUAUAUUUUUGUCCUACCUUGUCUAUUCUCCUUUUCUUCGCAACAUGGUAUCUUCUCUUUCUAUAUUUUAGAUGUUGUAAAGGGAAUGUGUUUUGGAUGAUAUAAAAAUCCAGAAAACUGGGUUCAAAGAAGUAUCCGUGGCUUUUUUGUGGAAAUCGAAUCAUGAACACUCUUGGUGUAUUUGUAAAGCUACCAUGUACAGUAUGUAUGCAUGUAAAUGUUUUUGUCCCAUCGUGGCUACCGUACAUACUACACAGCAAACCCUGUUCCCUUGAUCCUGAAAUCACGCAACAAACAAAAAAUGAAGCUCAUAGCUUAUAGAGAGAAAUCUAUUUGUGAUAUUUUCAGAGACAUUUGCUCCAAUAUGGUGUAUUUAAUUAAUAAA